AUGUGGCUAAUUCACCAACUUGUGACUGACAGGCCACAAGUGGCCUGGCCUCCCUAUCUACAUUACCACCCCUCUUCCUCCAUUGAAUCCUUCCAUUCCUUUCUUGCCAUCUCCGGCCGCACCACAAUGGCCACCACAACCACCACAACUGUCACCGAACCUGACAAUGCCGACGAGUCUUCACCACCAUCUAAGAAUGUCAUGUACGAGCUAGCCGCGCGGAACAUCUACUACGCGAAGCCGGCCGCGGCGCCGACAUUGUCGCUCGGCCGGCUCCUGAAGCCAUGCGGCGCGGCCCUUUCGACGCCCGAGUACAUCCUCCGCGACGUGUCGCUCACGGCGCGGGCGGGGGAGAUCCUGGCCGUCGUCGGCCCGAGCGGCGCCGGCAAGUCCACGCUGCUCGACAUCCUCGCGGUGCGGACCGCGCCCACCCACGGGCGCCUCCUGCUCAACUCGGCGCCGCUCCGGUCCUCCUCCUUCCGCCGGCUCUCCGCCCACGUUCCCCAGGCGGACGUCGCGCUGUCGCUGCUCACCGUGGCCGAGACGUUCACCUUCGCCGCGUCGCUGCUUUACCAUACGUCGGCGUCCGCGGCCUCGACCGCGGUCACGGCGCUCCUCGCGGACCUCCGUCUGGCGCACGCGGCUCACACGCGGGUCUCCGCGUCCCGGCUGUCGGGUGGCGAGCGCCGGCGGGUCUCCAUUGGCCUCGCCCUGCUCCGCGACCCCGGGGUGCUCCUGCUCGAUGAGCCGACCUCCGGCCUCGACUCCUCCUCGGCGUUCGUGGUCGUCGGCUGCCUCCGCGCCGUGGCGGCCGCCAGAGGCACGACGGUGGUGCUGUCCAUCCACCAGCCCAGCGCGCGCCUCCUCUCCGCCGUGGAUUCGCUCCUGCUCCUCUCCCGCGGCAUCGUCCUCCACCACGGCUCCCUCGCCUCCCUCGACGCCGCCCUCCUCUCACACGGCUUCGCCGUGCCCGCGCAGCUCAACCCGCUAGAGUACGCCCUCGAGGUCAUCGACCAGAUACCCCAUCCCUCGCCCUCCUCCCCUGAACCCAAGUCGGAACAAGAUCUCACAACCAAGACAUCGGAUUCGGACCGCCACAGGCCGGUCAUGGCGACACCGCCGUCGUUGUCGUGUACUUCGCCGUGCUCGCGGAUACAUGAGUUCGUAGUUCUGUACAAAAGGGCGUGGAAGGUGGUGUAUCGCAGCAAGCAGCUGCUAUUGACCAACUUCCUCGAGGCUGUCAUCGUCGGGACGCUGCUGGGCACCAUCUACAUCAACGCCGGCUAUGGCGAGGCCGGCGCACAGAAGCGACUGGGGCUCUUCGCCUUCACGCUGACGUUCCUGCUCACCUCCACCACGGAGACGCUGCCGACGUUCGUCACGGAGCGGCCUAUCGUGCUCGCUGAGACGGCGGCUGGUCUGUACCGGCUGUCCUCCCACGCCACCGCGGCCACGAUGGUGUUCCUCCCGUAUCUCCUGGCGGUGGCGCUGCUCUACUCCUCGUGCGUCUACUUCCUCGUCGGCCUCUGCGCGUCGCCGGCGGCAUUCGCAGUGUUUGUGCUGGUGGUGUGGGCGGUGGUGCUCACGGCCAACUCCUUCGUGCUCUUCAUCAGUUCCUUCGCGCCGGACUACAUCGCGGGAAUGUCGCUGGUGUCGGUGUCGCUGGCCGGGUUCUUCCUCUUCUCUGGCUACUUCCUGUCCCGGGAGAGCACGCCGGUGUACUGGGUGUUCAUGCACUACGCCUCUCCCUACAAGUACGCGCUGGACGCCAUGCUCGCCAACGAGUACUCGUGCGCGGCGAACCGGUGCUUUGGGGUGGCCGGCGCCGGAGAGGAGUGCUCCGAGACGGGGCGCGACGUGCUGGCGGCGAGAGGCCUCACGGCGGAGGAGCGGUGGACGGGAGUGCAGGUGCUGUUUGGAUUCUUCCUCCUCUACCGGGUGCUCUACUGGGUCGUGCUCAGCCGGAGAGCGUCCAGAGCCAAGAGGUGA